ACUUGUCAAAUGGUCUUGUCACUUGACAGCUUGUCACUUUCUACUUCCAUGGUUUUAAUAAUACUUUAAUAAUUGCUACUGCAAAAAUGAUUAUUCAUAAAUUAAUGAAUAUUUCGAAUAUUAUUUUCUGAGUGUUAUUCUUUAAGUAUGUGAAAGUUUUCAUUUUGCAAGUGAUUUGAUAAUACAACGCAAAUUAUUUCUCUUCCAAACUCAAGGACUCCAUGUUUAUGAUAUAAAGAAGUAAAGAAGUUUACUUGUCACGGCUGUGUGCGUUUUGCUAAAAUAAAAGAUGGAUUUUUGUGAGAAUAUAGAAGAAAUGAAAAUAUCCUAAUUCUAGAAUUACAGUAUAAUAAUAAUAGUAAUAAUAUUAUAAAUCUAGAACCAUUGAAUUGUCGACAAUAAAAUGUCUGUCGAUUUAACUAAGAAUGGGACAGCACUUUGCUAGUCUCAGAGAAUUCUUUAGAAUGGAAGGCGAGAAACAGUCAUUACAAGUUUAUAACGAAUCACUUCAUCAAUUAUCAUUUGACAUGUUGGAUCAAGAGGAUUCUGAGAAUACACAAAAAAAUGAGAACAAUGGAAAUGUUCCGAAUUCAAAUAUUAUUUCAAAUAAAUCCGAUGAUAAUCUUGAUAAUGAACAAUUGAAUCUUGAUGUUGAUAAUCAUAAUUCACGAUUUGAAUCAAUAUACAGUCAACCAAUUGAUACUCAAGAUAUAAAGCAAAAUUGUAAUAAUGGAAAUAUUGUCGUAAAUGCUGUUGAAUCAUCAUUGAAGCAACAGGAAUUAUGUGUUAAUAAUUCCAGUAGCAGCUAUACUAGCAGUAGUUCCGAAGAUAGUCCCGUGAAUCCUAGUUUUAGACGAUCAUCGAAAACACUUUCAUUUGGAAAAAGAAAAGUUGUAGGUAAGCAACGAAAUAAGGACCAAAAUCCAGUAUGUAAUCAUGUAUUAUCGUCGAAGAAGAAACGAAGUAAUUGGGUAUUGAAAUUUAAUUGUGCGAAGAAUAAAGUAUCGAAGAACACGGAUAUUCCAGGACAAGGUGGCAACAGUUCUGAAUGUAUAUGUACAGGAUAUCGUCGUACCGAGGAGCAUACAAUGGGCGCCAGUAAUGUAUUAAAUAUAUCAGCACCACAGAGUCCAGUUCUUGGUCCACUUCCACCUAGUCCUGUUAUCGAUUUAUCGCGAUUCAAUCCUGAAGAAUUUCCUAUGGAGGAUUGCGAUGAAAGGGCGAGACUGCAAAGAGCACGUGAAAUGGAGGAAGGAGUCGAACCACCGCCGGGUUAUAGGCCCAGUUAUCCAUCGGGAAUUCAAGUGCAUCCGAAUGGCAUUACAGUCGAUAGUUUGGCAGCUCUUUUUCAAGCACACGCAGGAAUUCACGCCGCUGCUCUUACUGCCUUAUCGCAAAUAGAUUUUAGUCUAAUUCCUAAUAUUGAAAGACCAAUUCAUACACAGGUUGAUUAUGUGCAUUGUCUGGUGCCAGACUUGCGGUCAAUCACCGCUUGUUCUUUCUAUUGGGGAAAAAUGGAUCGGUAUGAAGCCGAACGUUUAUUGGAGGGCAAGCAAGAGGGAACAUUUUUAUUACGAGAUUCAGCUCAGGAGGAAUUUUUAUUCUCCGUAAGUUUUCGAAAAUACGGUCGAUCUCUUCAUGCGAGAAUUGAACAAUGGAAUCAUAAAUUCAGCUUUGAUUCACACGAUCCUGGGGUCUAUGCAUCAAAAACGGUUUGUGGUUUGAUUGAGCAUUAUAAGGAUCCAUCGUGCUGUAUGUUUUUCGAACCAAUGUUAACAAUUCCAUUACAUCGAAAUUUUGCAUUUCCGUUGCAACAUUUGUGUCGUGCUGUUAUUACAACACGAACGACCUACGACGGUAUAAACAAGUUGCAAUUACCAAAGACACUUAAAAGUUAUCUUAAAGAAUAUCAUUAUAAACAGCGAGUACGAAUUAGAAGGCUAGAUAUUGAAAAUGACGUUCAGUCUGAUGGAAAAUCCAUAUCAUAUAUUCCACUUACAUGAGCGUUGUCUCGUUUAUCCAUUCAUUUGUUUUUCGCAAAAUUCCUUUUUUUUCUUUUAUUAUUAUUAUUAUUAUUAUUAUGUAUUAUUUACAUACGUCGAAAUACUCAGAGGAAAAGAAAAUAAUUCCGGAAAUUACUUUCAAAUUUACAGUGUUAACACUAACAUUUAAUUAAUUAUUCCAUUUUUAUCUUCUUUUAAAAAAAAAAAAAUCAGUUUAAUAUCUAUAUUGAGUUUGUCGCUUUCCUAAAUCGACUUUGUUAAUUGUCAAUUUUUGUUUUUCUAUAAUCAAUCAAUUUUUCUACACGUAUUUCUUUGAAUAACUUGGGCAUUCGAUAGUAGGAUUUGAUAAAUAUUGAAGUGUCAGAUGAUUACGAAAAAUUGACAUCUGAAGUACAAAGAUAACACUUCUUAAAUGAAAAUAAUUCUUUGAUUUACUUUUCUUUUGUUGCAAUGAUACUAAAAAGAAAUGAUUCUAAUUAAUGUUAAUAAUCAAUAUAAGUUGAUAAUUAAUAUUAAUAAUUAAUGUUAAUAAUUAAUAUGGGUAUUAAUAAUUAAUAACUAUU